AUGGCAAAGUUCUCGGCCCCCAAGAGUCCAGCUUCUGCUAAUGGGCCUCGAUUCUCCUCCUCUGGGCAAUCUCGACGCCAACGAAGAUCUAAAACCAUCACUGGGACACAGCUGCCUGUCUAUUCGCAAAACAAGGUCCAUACUCCAACACGCCUGAAGCUAAAGGAGUCUGACACCAUGAUCGUGGGAACUGCAGGACGAAGCUCCUCGGAUGCAUCUCCACUAGAGAAUAUGAACCCCAAAGCACUUCCAUUCGUCCCAGGAAAGCCUGAAUCCAACCUGGCUAAGACCUCUCGCCUUUCCGCGGGAACCGGCAUCAACAUGGCUGGGCCUAGUAGCGACAAUGGCCAAUCCCCAGCGCUCGAGAUGACGCCCCAAAGAGACAUGUAUUUUGACGAAGACCAUACACCUGACAUAGAGGAUGUGGUCCUCUACAACAAGGAGAAGGCUGGCCUCGCGCGCAAGGGUGUUGCAGGUGCAAACCCCAACAAGCUGGUAGACACCGUCAAAGAUACCCAACACAAGGAAGAUGACGCCACCAAGGAAGGUGUAGAAUCAAUGGUAUGGCCUGGUCUCUCUCGUGGUACUACAGGCGGCAGUGCCGGCGUUAAAGCUUCUUUGGCCUCAACCACUUCGAGCGGAUCGAGCGCCCAGAGCCACUACAUCAAUUCCAUCGUUCCACACCGCCGGCCCGCUACACAGAGCUUUGUCGACAAACAGACACUCUCGACGGGCCAUGGCAGCAAUGGCUUCGAGCCGGUGGCUUCUUUCGAGUACGGUAACCAUCCUAGCUUUUCCGCUCGCCUGACUCAACCUCAGCCUUACAGUCCCCAGUCUCAAUCUACGAAUAUCCACGGCUAUGCCAAUGACAUCGAUAUCGAUCGCCUCAUUCAGUUUUACUGCGAGCAAGGUGGCUGUGAUAAUAAUGGCCAUUAUGGCACGAAUACUCCAGUACUAGCCACCGUGCCCCGGCCGCUGUUGUACCGGGCUGGAUCUGAGAACCAUCAGCUCGCAGAAGGCCCUGCCGGCCAGCCGCUCAUAGACUCCGGUCUAGGACGAUUUCAUCACAACCAGAACCAGGAUGCCGGCUGGGCCCCGCCAAAGACGUUGGUGCACUUCAGCGACGAGGAGUAUCGACGCUGGGAGACAAUGCAGGCUAACCUGCGCCGUGCCGGCAUGGCACAAUCGCCGUUCGUACCUCACGCGUUUGAAGAGUACCUCGGCCUGCGGACUGAAACUGCCGUGGCCGAGAAAGAGGCAGAGCUGAAGAAAAUUCGUGAUCGAGGAAAGGAAGCAGAGCAAAGCCUCCGAGCAGGUACUUCGGGACACCCGCCCCCGCGUGCUCAGGUGUCUGCGAAGCUGCAGAUUAUAUCCCAGGACAACCUGAGCCUCGUCAAUGCGCGGCCCACGGUGUGGACGAACUAUUUCAAGGAUCAGGCCGGCGAGAUCGACUGGCCAAAUGCAGCCGAGUUCAAGAAAGAGGGAGACGAGCGCGCAGCGGCCGGCCUGGACCGCCGAGUGCCCCAACCUCGCCUGCAGGUGCUCGACGAGCGACACCUCCCUCACAUGGGCUGCCCUAGCAAAGUCCCCGUCGUCGGCCCCAACGUUCCCGAGGAGCUUCGCAAAGUCGCAUCCUUCGCCUCUGACCCCGUCUACGACUCGAUGACGAAGGAAGAGAGCCAUGCCAUGGUCGAGCCGACACGGGAGAUUCGGAUCGAAGAGCUAAAUUCCUUCACACGCGGCCUCAUUGAUGAUAUCGAAAAUGAUGACUAA